ACAGCUGAAGAGGCUUUUGAUUAAUGAAUCGCGCUUCUGAGAGACGAUGAAUCGCUACACCACCCUGAGGCAGCUGGGUGACGGCACCUACGGGUGUGUGCUGAUGGGACGCAGCAACGAGUCUGGAGAACUCGUGGCCAUCAAGAAGAUGAAGAGGAAGUUUUAUUCCUGGGAAGAAUGCAUGAACCUCAGAGAAGUGAAGUCACUCAAGAAGUUAAACCAUGCAAAUGUGGUGAAGCUGAAGGAGGUUAUCAGGGAGAACGAUCACCUCUACUUUGUUUUCGAAUACAUGAAAGAGAACUUGUACCAGCUGAUGAAGGACAGAGAGAAUAAGAUGUUCACAGAGAAUGAAAUUAGGAACAUCAUGUUUCAAGUGCUGUCUGGGUUGGCUUUUGUACAUAAGCAUGGUUUCUUCCAUCGCGACAUGAAGCCAGAGAACCUUUUGUGCAUGGGUCCAGAACUGGUCAAAAUAGCAGAUUUUGGACUGGCCAGAGAGAUCCGCUCCAAACCUCCCUACACAGAUUACGUAUCAACCAGAUGGUACCGAGCCCCUGAGGUCCUGCUUAGGUCGUCUACCUACAGCUCUCCUAUUGACCUGUGGGCUGUCGGCUGCAUCAUGGCUGAACUCUACACACUCAGACCUCUUUUUCCUGGAAAUAGUGAAGUGGACGAGAUCUUUAAGAUUUGCCAAGUCCUGGGCACAAUGAAAAAGACCGAUUGGCCAGAGGGUUACUAUCUAGCAUCUGCUAUGAACUUUCGUUUCCCCCAAUGUGUGCCCACCCACCUGAAGACCCUUAUCCCAAACGCCAGCAAGGAAGCUAUUACACUGAUGAAAGACCUCCUGCAGUGGGACCCCAAAAAAAGACCCACAGCUAUACAGGCCCUGCGUUACCCUUACUUCCAGGUAGGACAAGUCCUGGGGCCUCGUCCUCAGAGCCAAGAAGUCAAAAAGGUCCAGACCAGGCCGUUGGUUCAGAAGCAACUAUCUGGGUCAAAGACAGAACCCCUUCAGUCUUCCUCUGAGUCCAAAGCUUCCACAUGCUCCUCAAGGACCCAUCAGGAGCAUCAGCCUCUUCAGCAGAUCCCCCUGCCUCAGGUGGACAGCAACUCAGGAGGUCCCAGCCAUGCAAAGGUGGCGUCACUGGGCAGUGAAAACAGUGUGGGGGGUGUCGGGAUGGGCUUCCUGAAGAACGGCCGCCGUCGCUGGGGACAGGCAGUUGCCAAGACGUCAGACAGCUGGGAGGAAUCUGACCAGUCAGAAACCGCUGCCUCCAACUCCAAGAAGCCCAGUCUGGGGAGUGCAGAUGACGGGAGCCCUAAAGAGCACUGCCCACAGCCCACGGAACAAAAACCUCUGUAUUCAUUCAGCACAGUUACCAAACUACCCAACAAUGUUAAAGUUGCACAAAUGGAUCCCAACCUCCCUGGAUCUGCAGCGCGGCAGCACUAUCUCAGCCAGUCACGCUACCUGCCUGGGUUGAUUGGCAAGGGUCAAGCUUCCUCUGGGGAUAAGGAGUUGGGGGGAAUGUCGCUGCGGGAACUGUGGGAGAACUCCUCAAACCCAGUAAACAAACCGCUCGCUUCCAUUGGAAAAUUAUCCGUCACCAGAGCCAACGCAGACGAGAACGCCUCGCAGUCAGAGGGUAGCACACCUGAGAAAAGUGUUGUCAAAGAAAGAAUGCUGGAGAAAAUCGAUCUGUCCAAAGGAAACUUUGUCAACAUCAAAUACAACCUCUCCGGUGGUUACAUCCCUUCUUUCCAGAAGAAGGAGAUUGGCACGGUGGGACAGAGAAUACACCUGGCCCCCUUGUCAGGCCAACACACAAUUGCACCUUCCUCCUCCUCCUCUUCUCCUGAUAAUAAAAAAGUCGAGACAAAAGCCACAAAACUCAAGCCCAUUUCCAGCUCAACACUGAGUGAAACUAACGAAGACUACGAGGGCUGGAGAAGGCAGACGAACAGGACCCAAGUGAAGGAGAGCAGUUAUUCGGCGUUGGGGAAAACCUCCGGGAACCUCCUGAGCAGAGCGCCCGCUGUGCAGCCGGUGCACGGCAGGGUGGACUGGACAUCCAAGUACGGUGGAAACCGAUGA